AUGGCUUCCUUUUCUGUCCACACUCUACCCAAUACUGCUCCGGACCAUGACACGCUUCUUGAGUAUUCAUCGCGACUCAAGACUCUCAGGCUGAGAAGUCUGAAAGAGGAUGCGAAGAGCUUCAUAUCCAAAUAUGAAAGCGAAGUCAGCCAGCCGGAAUGCUUCUGGCUGAAAAGACUCAAAGACGAUCGGGCCACCCACCUUGUACUGCUUCGCCACGACACACUGACUCAGAAAUCGACCCUGUUGGAGCAUCAGUGGGUUGGAUUUGUGGUCAUCGUCGCACCAGACCGCAAGGAAGUCAAUGAUGCAGGUCAAUCAUCACCCGCCGAGUGGUAUAUGGCAGCACUCUAUGUCGAACCCGAGGUGCGUGGGCAAGGGUUGGGAAAGCGCCUUGUUCAGGCGACCAUCGACCACGUCAGGGAUAAUUCUUCAACAGAACAUGGCAGGUCCUCAUGCUGCCUCACAAGCGUCGUACAUGGCAAUGAGAAUGCCCUGGACCUAUAUCAAAAACUUGGAUUUCGUAUCAUCAAUCCGAACGAGGAAGUGGAAAAGGAAGGAAGGAAGUAUCUUUCGACGACGCUGAGAAUGGAGGUGUUCAUAAAAGAAAGAAAAGGACUCGAACAGUGA